CUUCAAUCGCCGUCAAUCUCUCCAAAUACCAUCUUCUCCUGAAGCCUCAAGAUGUCCUUCCACACCUCCUGCCAGAAUAUCCACCUCAUCAAGGAGGACGGCAAGACCAUCCUCCACGCCGAAGUCCGCCGCCGCAACAACGAGGUGGUCGCACGGACGUUCCGCUUGGAUACCCACAUUGGCAAUUCCAACGGGAACUUCCAGUGGGGCGGACAUGAUUUCACCCACAGCGCGCGCGACAUCGAGCUCGAGCAGACCGAACGCGGACCACGACUGAUCGCCUUUUUGAAGGGUGCCGACGGUCAGUAUCGGGAGUUGCAGGGUCUGUACUUGGCGGACCGGAUUUCUAACAAUGAUGGCGAGUUGGUGUAUCUGUACUGAGCGAGGGUUUGAUGGUUGCUGGUCUAGUGGCGCGUAAUGUAGUUAGCGAG